UAGAAGUUAAAAGAGAUCCUCAUCAUCAUCAUCAUCAUCCCAUAACCAAUCCCAUCAUUAUUUAGUUGCCUGACAUUCAUUGAAUAAUUUGUUUUCAAUCAAUAAAUUCUCUGCAAGCAGAUUAAUAUCAAUUAAUCAGUGUUUCAGAAUUUUUUAAAAUUGUUCAUUAUUAUCAUCAUCAUCACCAACAACAACAUUAUAUAUCAGCACAUAAUUCAUUCAGAAUCAUCAGCAGAAGAAAAGAAAAAAAUAAUCAUAGAAAAUGGCCGAAAGUCGUUUUGGUAUCUUAUAUGUGAUUACACGUAUCUUAUUGGUUGUAUUGAUCGUUAUUAUGAUUGUAUUGAAUAUUAUUGCCAUUGUCAAUGCAAAAGGUGAAGUUAGAGACGUUGUUUGGGUUGUAUUCUCAUUCAUUUCAUUAUUAAUCGGUUUAUUGGGCGUUUGGAAGGAACAUUUUCUAUUUUCAUGUUUAUUCACCGUCAUUGCCAUUGUAUUGGUCUGUAUUAGUGGUGCAUUCGGUAUAUGGAUAUCGACAGCCGGUACCGUUGUUAUUAUUAUAACGGCAAUUAUCUAUACAUUUAUGCUAUGGGAUAUGGGUCAUCGUGAAAUGAAUGUACCGGAUAUGUGUUGAAUACUAGAAAAAAAAAUUAGAGAAUCGAAAAACAUUUUUUUUGUGAAG